ACAUAAUGCUGAAACUUAGUACAUAUUUUAUGUUACAUUAAUUAGUUACACACUUUUAUUUAUUCUUAGGCCGUAUUUACAGAACUUUUGUUAACUUUUUUUUAAGCAUUGCAAUAAUUACGUUUUAGACUUGUUAACGUUGUUUUGUAUAUAAAAAUGUUUUGAUUUAGUUAAUUUAUUGAUCAAGUUUCCCACAUAUCAACAAAAAUAUCCCAUUGUUACAAUGAUAUCCAAUUCGUGAACAUGAAUUUGAAAUAUAUAUUCUUAUUUGGGAUGUUGACGAUGAAUUAUUCGAGUCUUAUGUGCUUGGAAUAUUCGAAAGGCUUUAAUGAGUCUGCAGUUAUAAACACAAUUCAUACGGGCCAAAGCAAACGAACGAGUAAAUUUCUAUUUGACACAAUUUUUCGCAUAAGUUCGGGAGUAUCAAAUGCUUUUGGACUUUCCGAUACAGAAGACGAUGUUGAGUACACCGAGAAUUCCAGCCUCAAAAAUUGUGAUUGCGACUGUGGUUUUUCCAAUGAAGAAAUAAGAAUCGUUGGAGGAAAACCAACCGGAGUUAACCAAUAUCCUUGGAUGGCGAGAAUUGUUUACGAUGGAAAAUUUCAUUGCGGUGGCUCGUUGCUGACCAAGGAUUAUGUGUUAUCCGCCGCUCACUGUGUGAAGAAGCUGAGAAAGUCGAAAAUAAGAAUUAUUUUUGGAGACCACGAUCAAGAAAUCACUUCCGAGUCUCAGGCCAUUCAACGGGCUGUUACAGCCGUAAUAAAACACAAAAGCUUUGACCCAGAUACCUACAACAAUGAUAUUGCUCUGCUAAGACUUCGCAAACCCAUUUCGUUUUCGAAAAUAAUAAAGCCUGUAUGUCUUCCGCGGUUUAAUUACGAUCCUGCAGGCCGAAUUGGAACAGUUGUUGGCUGGGGACGCACGUCCGAGGGCGGAGAGCUCCCGUCCAUUGUUAAUCAAGUGAAGGUUCCCAUUAUGUCCAUCACGGAGUGCCGUAAUCAAAAAUACAAAAGUACUCGAAUUACCUCAUCGAUGUUGUGCGCGGGCAGGCCGAGUAUGGACUCUUGCCAGGGCGAUAGUGGAGGACCGCUGUUGUUAUCUAAUGGAGUUAAGUAUUUUAUCGUCGGCAUUGUUUCCUGGGGCGUCGGAUGCGGCCGCGAAGGAUAUCCGGGUGUUUACUCAAGAGUGAGCAAAUUCAUUCCAUGGAUUAAAUCAAAUUUAGAAAAUACAUGCCUGUGUUCUUAGUCAAUGUUGUAUGGAAGUACACGAACUUAUUUAUUGCCUAGCUAAGCCGCAACCAUGCAGUCGAAAAUAAAAAUUAAAGUUUCAUUAAAA